AUGAUUGAUGAUGAUGAUGAUGAUGAUGAUGAUGAUGAUGAUGAUGAUGAUGAUGAUGAUGAUGAUGAUGAUGAUGAUGAUGAUGAUGAUGAUGAUGAUGAUGAUGAUGAUGAUGAUGAUGAUGAUGAUGAUGAUGAUGAUGAUGAUGAUGAUGAUGAUGAUGAUGAUGAUGAUGAUGAUGAUGAUGAUGAUGAUGAUGAUGAUGAUGAUGAUGAUGAUGAUGAUGAUGAUGAUGAUGAUGAUGAUGAUGAUGAUGAUGAUGAUGAUGAUGAUGAUGAUGAUGAUGAUGAUGAUGAUGAUGAUGAUGAUGAUGAUGAUGAUGAUGAUGAUGAUGAUGAUGAUGAUGAUGAUGAUGAUGAUGAUGAUGAUGAUGAUGAUGAUGAUGAUGAUGAUGAUGAUGAUGAUUUGGAUGAUGAUGAUGAUGAUGAUGAUGAUGAUGAUGAUGAUGAUGAUGAUGAUGAUGAUGAUGAUGAUGAUGAUGAUGAUGAUGAUGAUGAUUUGGAUGAUGAUGAUGAUGAUGAUGAUGAUGAUGAUGAUGAUGAUGAUGAUGAUGAUGAUGAUGAUGAUGAUGAUGAUGAUGAUGAUGAUGAUUGA